CCUUUGUCUCACUGUUGAAGCGCAAACGCGAAGAAGAUUAUCUUCUCUGUCACUCACAACUGGAACUAAAAAGCUCAGGGCUUAAAUCAAAUGGAGUCUCUAUCUCUUCCCGUUCUAAAUCCUCUUUUAGCUUCUCGUUCCAAUCUUUUGAGAAACCAGAGCUCGAGGAUGACCUCUCCAAUUAAUAAUUUCACCAGGGGAGGCAUAUCCCUUUCAACUGUUCACCGCCUUAGAGUAGGUGUUGUAAGGAUGCAAGCUGUUAAUGAAGAUAUUGAUCUUAAGCAAAUGAGAGACAUGGCUGCUGCUAAAAAGCGUUGGGAUGGUUUGUUAAGGGAAGGAAAAGUGAAGCUUCUUACACCAAGAGAAGCAGGCUAUGCUAUUUCUCUUUCAAACAAACCUCUUCUUGAUGUCCGCCCUUCUAGCGAGCGCAACAAGGCAUGGGUUAAAGGCUCCACCUGGGUUCCUAUCUUCGAAAAUGAGGACAACCUUGACGCUGGAACUCUUUCAAAAAAAGUCACCAGUUUUGCUAUGGGGGGAUGGUGGAGUGGUGCACCUAUAUUAUCUUUUAAUAGGCUCUUCUUGUCAAAGGUUGAGGAGAAAUUCCCAAAAGAAGCAGAGCUGAUUGUUGCUUGUCAAAAAGGCUUGAGAUCCUUAGCUGCUUGCGAGCUACUUUACAAUGCAGGGUAUGAGAAUCUUUUCUGGGUACAAGGUGGUUUAGAAUCAGCUCAAGACGAGGAUCUAGUCACAGAAGGUGUCCAGCCUUUGAAGCUUGCUGGCAUUGGAGGUUUUUCAGAGUUCCUUGGUUGGACAGACCAGCAAAGAGCUCAAGCUGCGAAAGAAGGUUGGGGCUACCGUUUAGUAUAUACUGCGCGUCUGUUUGGAGUUAUUCUGGCAGCCGAUGCCUUGUUCGUUGGUGCUCAGCAAUUGGGACAUUAUAUUCAGGAGUUAAGAGGCCAUUAGGAUCUCUCUAUAACCCAAGCUUAGUGUGGUUAUACUUCUCUUCAAAAGAAACUGUAAAUUCUGUUGAAAAUAUUAGUUUUUGAAGUCCCCUAGAGUAGUUUGAAUAGUGAGAAUGGACAUCUUUAAAUUCUGAAAAUCCGACGGUAGAAUUGCUAAAAAAAUCCCCCAAUCCAAAUUUAGCUUCUUCAUUCCAAUGGUUAGUAGUAGUUUCUAUUUUUCAGAA